AUGGGAUCCGAUCGAGCAGUGCUGCUGCCACGCGAGCGUCUUUCGCAGGAGCUUACACUCGGACGCUUUCUCUUUCUUCAGGUCUGCCACCAAUGCCGACACGACCGAUCAGUCCAACUCGACCGCUAGUUUCAUCUCGGCGCUCGUCACGGGUCUGGUCGUGCUCGGAGCUUUGCUCGUCGUCUGGCUCGCGCUGCGAAAGAGGAACCAGGCCGUCUAUGCACCCCGUACCAUCUUCCCUCCUCCCGAGUGAGUAUUUAGUUCUCUGGACGAACCGCCUGUUUUUUUCCUCUUUCUUUCUAUCACUUCGGUCGCAGCUCUGCUUACGCUGCUCGAAUCGUGGCCCCACCUCCCUUGUGCCUCCGCAGGAAACGAGCACCUGAUCUCCCGACGAAUCCUAUACAAUGGUUCAAAACGGUCGUCACGACAUCCGAUGAUGUGAUCCUCCACAGCCAAGGUCCCGACACGUACUUUUUCAUGCGCUUCAUUAGGUUAGUCUUUUAGCUCCCCACUUGAUGCAGUCUCGAUAAACGAGCCCGCCCGAGCCGACGGCGCGCGUCCGAUUCCGCGGUGCCUGAGGAAAAAAACCCUGGGUGAACGAAACAAGCUUGGAUCCCUGACGUAAUCGAUGACCCUCUCCUCCCAUAUUUCCUUCCUUGGCGGUUCCGAAACCUUUCUUUAUCGCGGCUUGGCAUCUACUACUACAACGACGACGAUCAUUUUGACUGGACAUGCAAACUUCGGCCAUGUCGUACCACCGAUCACAGGCUCGCAGUCAUGAUCUUUGGCCCCUUUUUCAUCGUUACUUGGCUCAUCCUCAUGCCGAUCGCAGGCACGGGAGCAGCAAGCGCUAAAGGCGUACGUGCCAUCGUCAUGAGGCUCUCGAAACGGUGUCAUCACCAGGCUAAAUCAUAUUCUUGCUUUCGUUUCAUCACAACAGCUCAACAAGUUUACGUACGGCAACGUCGCCACGACGCAGCAACUUCGUCUGAUCGCUUACUUCCUGGUUGCGAUCCUGCUCACGCGUAAGCUCGACGCGUCACGUGAUCUUCGCACGCAUCAGCCCGCGAUCGAGAUGCUGACCCUCAUUCUGCGACCACCUUGCCUCUCGAUAGUCUACACGCUUUACCUCAUUGACCAAGAGUACCGUCACUACAAGCAAGUGCGCCAGGAAUGGCUCGCCUCGCCUGCUCGCGCCAACCUCGAUGCCGCGCGCACGGUCGUGAUCAGCAACGUCCCCGAAAAGUACCGCUCGCGUGAAGGCGUGCAGGAGCUCGUCGGCGAGACGGGUGAGAUCACCAACAUCUGGUUGUCACGCAUCAUCGGUAAGAUGGAAGACGUCUACGACGAACGCAACAAGGAAACGGCCAAGCUCGAGAACGCCGAAGGAUCGGUCCUUGCCCUCGCGGCCAAGAACAAGCGCAAGAACAAGCUGCCCGAGGCUUCCAAGGCCGCGGACGUCGAGGCGGACUCGUUGAUUGGUCAAUACAUUCCCAAGAAGAAGCAACCGAGCCACAAGCGAGGCUUCAUGGGCUUGCUCGGCGAGAAGGUCGACACCCUCAACGACUCGCCCGCUUACAUCCAAGAGAAGGACGCCGAGCUGGAGAAGGCGCGCGCUGGUUUCAACGAACUGCCUAUGGGCGAUACGAUUUUUGUCCGCUUCGCUAUGCGUGAACAAGCCCAUGCCUUCGCCAGCUCCGUAGACCCGGCCACGGCCUCGACCAAGGACAAGAUGCGCGUUGACAAGGCCGUCACCGCCGGUAAGAUUGAACCUAGAGUCGACAUCAUGGCCGAAGACGUCGUUUGGUCGAACCUCAAGAUGGCGCCUGCGAUGCGCGCAUCCCGCAAGAUCUUGUCGUGGUCGUUGACGAUCGGUCUCAUCAUCAUCUGGGCGAUCCCCGUCGCGUUCGUCGGUGUGCUGUCCAACAUCAACUCGCUCUCCUCGACCGUGCCCUUCCUCAGCUUCUUGAGAAAGAUCCCUCCCACCGUCAUUGGUAUCAUUCAAGGUCAGUUCGCGCACGUUCAACUCUGUGCAUGCUAGGUGCUGAGUAUCCUUGUGUAUGUAUCGCAGGUAUCCUUCCUCCCGUCUUGUUGGCUGUCCUCUUCAUGCUUUUGCCGAUCGUCCUGCGCUUCUUUUGCAAGAUGCAAGGCACCGUUCGCAAGAGUGAGAUUGAGAAGCAGCUCUUUGUGCGCUUCUGGCUUUUCCAGGUCAUCCACGGAUUCUUGAUUGUCACUGUUUCGUGUGGGUCCUCCGUUGCAUAGGUGACGCCAAACAUAAGUAAACGACUGAUCGUUCUUGCUGGUGCGUUCUGUAGCCGGUCUCCCCGCGGCUUUGAAGAACAUCAAGACCCAGUUGCCUCAACUGCCGACGCUUUUGGCACAAAAGCUGCCCACCGCUUCGACCUUCUUCUUGCAGUGGCUCGCUCUUUGUAAGUCCCGCCCCUCACGUUCGUGCACACCUUCAACUGUGUUGAUCUGACUCCUCACUUGUUCUGCCCAGAUGCGCUCACCUCGUUCGGUCUGGCAAUCUCGCGCGCCGUGCCCUUUGUGAUGAGCCACCUCGGCUUCAUCCUCUCCGGCCCGACCCCUCGUAAGGAGUUCAAGUUCAGCAACAAGAUGGGUGCGAUCGCGCUGGCGACGACGUGGCCCCCCGUCGCCUUGUUGCUCUGCGUCGGCAUCGUCUACUCGUGCAUCCAGCCCGUCAUCACGCUCUUUGGUCUCUUCACCUUCGUGCUCCUGUACAUCCUCUACAAGUACACGCUCAUCUGGGUAGUCGACCAACCCAACAGCCUCGAGACCGGUGGCGAGUUCAUGCGCAAGGCCAUGGUCACCGUCUUUGUCUCGCUCUACCUCGAACUCGUUUGCCUGUGCGGUCUCUUCUUCCUCGCGACCGAUGCGACGGGCAAGCGCUCCAAGCCUGGAUUGGCCGGUGGUGUCUUGAUGGCGUUGCUGCUUGCGCUCGUUGCCGUCUUCCACUGGCACACGACCCAUGUCCGCUUCCCUCCCCACGAAUGCCACUACCUUCAGAGCACGACUCCCAUUUCUGCGGGCCACGAUGCGUCCGUCGGCGCCUACCCUCCCCGCAAGGAGAGCAAGGAAGGCUACGAGCCGCCUCAGGACAAGAACGUCGAACGAGAGUACCAGCACCCCGCGACGUACGAGGAUGCACCGGUCGUUUGGAUUUGCGAUGAUACGCUGGGCAUCGGCGCGGCCGAGGCGACUCGCUUGAACGAACUCAAGAUCUACGCCAGUACCGAGUUCGCCAAGAUGGACGCCGAGGGCAAGGUCCAUGUCGAGCGUGGUCCUCCUGAUCAGCCUUGGUCCGAGGGUAUCGAUGCCAUCUGA